GCUGUUGCUGAGGCAUAUGAAAGAGAAGUUUUAUUUACAGGGCAUUCAGUUCUGUUAACUUUCAGAGAAUAUCGUUUCAUCUUUCGAAACAAGACAGCCCAGGCUAUGAAUUCGGUCGAUGCUCCACAAGUUUUCUUGGAACUCUCGCAUAACCUUCAUCUUUUACAUCACAGUGGGUCGUCGUGGUUGCGAUACAACUAGCGCUCACUCUCCCUUUCCUGGCGAGCGUGGGAAAGAAUCCGAAGCCUGCGAUUCUCCUACGUAAACGACAUCAUCGUUAACGAUUACGCGCACAACGACGCACACUUACUACAGCCGAAACAAAAGACUCACACCUGGACCUGCGAACGGAAAGUGGUAGCGUCUUAAGAAGGUGAACGCCG